AUGCCACAACGUGCUAAAAAGAGGCGUUGGACCUCUGAGCAGGAGGACAGUGCAAAACGUUCAGGCACUGACACCUGUGUCCCUGUGGAGGGACAGACCAAGGUACACAGGAAACGGAAGGCUGAGUUUGAGCCCAACGUCGAACUCAAAAAGGCCAAACUUGAGAGUUUGCCCGAGAGCUGCAGUCCUCCUCAGACCAGCAGUUCUCCUCAGACCUGCAGUCCUCCUCAGACCUGCAGUCCUCCUCAGACCUGCAGUUCUCCUCAGACCUGCAGUCCUCCUCAGACCUGCAGUUCUCCUCAGACCUGCAGUUCUCCUCAGACCUGCAGUUCUCCUCAGACCUGCAGUCCUCCUGAGAACUGCAGUCCUCCUGAGAACUGCAGUUCUCCUGAGGAUGAACUAUACGAUGUCAACUACCAGGUCAGCACCAGCAGAGCUGACUUUGAGUCGAAGUACAUUGAGCUGCACAAUCUGGGCAGCGGAGGCUUCGGCUCUGUGUUUGCCGGCAUAUGUCUGCAUGACGCCUCCAUUGUGGCCAUCAAGCACAUUCCACGAGACAAAGUCUUCUAUAAAAAAGUGGUGCAGAAUGGCGUGGAAUACAACAUCAUCGAUGAGGUGGCUCUUAUGGCUAAAGUGUCCCAGGGGAACUGCCCGGCCGUGGUCUCUUUACUGGACUGUUAUGAGCUUCCAGAGGAGCUCAUCCUCGUGAUGGAACGGCCUUAUCCCGCAGUGGACUUGCUAGAUUAUAAAGAUGCCAAAGGAGGAGUGCUGGAGGAAGAGGAGGCAAAAGUAAUUCUGAAGCAGAUGGUGGAAGCCUCCAUCCAAAUGCAUAACAGCGACGUGUUCCACCGCGACUUGAAACUAGAGAAUAUUCUAGUGGAGACGAACCACAGCUACCCCAAAGCACGGGUCAUUGACUUUGGCUGUGGUUGUCUAGUCAAGGAAGGCACCUAUGAUUAUUAUGCAGGGACAUUCAGUAAAGCGCCUCCUGAGUGGUAUUCCUGUAAAGCGUACAGAGCUGAGCCCACCACAGUCUUUCAUCUGGGCACGCUGCUCUACGACCUCCUCCAUCUCAGGGCCUUUAAUACACACUGCUACCUGAGGAGGAAGAGACGCUUCGGCUCGGGCCUGUCAGAAGAAUGUCGGCAUUUCCUUAAAUCUUGCCUGGCCAAAAACCCUAAUGACAGGCCCUCGUUUGAGGAGCUUCAGCGUCACCCUUGGUUGGAGACAUAA